AUGGAUGACAAUCUCAGAUUCAAUAGUGCCUCCGCUGCCGAGCGUGCAGGCUCGGGACCCACGAACUAUAUGAGCCGCAAGCCCCUUCGAAUCGAGAUCGAAUCAAUCACAGAACGGCCCCUCGUGUGGGCCUCCCGGUCGAAAACUCCGUCCACUGCUUUGCAUCUCUUCCCCAUUCAAGUUCGAGUUCACGCUACCACACGCGCUUAUCGCGCGGGUCGGAAUCGGGAGUAA